AAGCCGUCAAGUUAAGUAUCGGAAUACCCUCAGACUGUCGCAUGGGAGGCUUGUGGUCCUUAGAAAUUUGUCAACAUAGUUGCCACUCUGGUCCUCGGAAUGAUGCUUUUCAUCAGUGCGUUUUCUCGUUGGGGUGAUUGGAACCGGCUUUGAAAGGCUUUCCCGGAGGGUUUCUAGCACGAAAGCUGGUGAUCGUGGCAGGACAUUGAAUAGGUGGCACUCGGAAGGGGUUACUAUGAACGCAGUCCCCCCUUUUCUUUCUCCCACUCUUCAUUUGGUUUGGAUGCUUUUGAUGUUCCUCAGGUUCAUUCUUGAUCACCCAAGUGUAAAAUGCAUGACGAGUUGGUGGCAUCUGGUUGCUCCCUGUGAACGGAGGAUCCCUCUGAACCUUUUGUGGUUCAGCUUUUCCUCUGAAGGAAACAUUUUCCUUCCGUCUUGAAGGUCCUUAUUUUAUUUAAGUUUGCCUUUUGUUGAUGACCCAAAUCAUGGGGAAGCGGCAAACUGAAGCCAUUGGGAUCCGGUGGGGUUAAUGGCCUGGAACCAUCACCAACCCUGUAUUCCCGUCUGGGACUUCCUGUGGGACCUCCUUCCUUCCUGGCACCUAGUGGAAUGGCCAGUCUUCCUGCUGCUGCCUGUUGGAUGAUUCUCCGUGGGAAGGGUGCUUAAGCUUAGCGCAGUGAGCUGGGAAAGACUGGUUAGUCUGUAGUAAGACUGCGUGCUUUGAAUAUCUGCGACUUGACACGGCCUCUGGAGAGAGGGUUGUGAGGUGGCCAGCAUCGAAAUAUUCAACCUUUCAGUGACGAGGAUGCAUCGAUCGAAACCAUGAGCCACUGCAGUGGGUACAGCGAUCCUUCCAGCUUUGCUGAAGACGGACCGGAAGUCCUGGAUGAGGAAGGGACGCAAGAAGACUUGGAGUACAAGCUGAAGGGCUUCAUUGACCUGACCCUGGAUAAGAGUGCCAAGACCAGGCAGGCGGCCCUCGAGGGCCUGCGGAGCGCCCUGGCUUCCAAGCUGCUCUCCGAGUUCCUCCUGGAAAGAAGGAUGACUCUGACCGACAGCAUCGAGCGCUGCCUGAAGAAAGGGAAGAGCGACGAGCAGCGCGCAGCCGCAGCCCUGGCGUCUGUCCUCUGCGUUCAGCUGGGCCCCGGGAUCGAAAGUGAAGAGGUUUUGAAGACCCUGGGACCGAUCCUGAAGAAAAUCAUUUGCGACGGAACAGCUAGCAUCCAGGCGAGGCAAACAUGUGCCACGUGCUUUGGCGUUUGCUGUUUCAUUGCCACGGACGACAUCACUGAGCUGUACGCGGCCCUGGACUGCCUGGAGGGCCUCUUCUCCAAGGCCGGCCUCAAGGAGAAGGACGCCCUGGUCCUGGGCGGCGGCCCCAGCAGCGGGCUCCCCGUCAGCGCGCUCCUGGCCUGGGCGCUGCUGCUCACCAUCUGCCCCGCCAGCGAGCUGAAGAAGAGGCUGGAGACGCAUUUCCAUAAGCUCCCGAGCCUCCUGUCUUCGGACGAUGUGAACAUGAGGAUCGCGGCCGGGGAGACGUUGGCGCUGCUGUUGGAACUGGCCCGGGGCAUGGAGAGCGACUUCCUUUACGAGGACAUGGAGUCUCUGACCGAGAUGCUGAGGGCCCUGGCGACCGACGGCAAUAAGCACCGGGCCAAAGUGGACAAGCGGAAGCAGCGGUCGGUGUUCAGGGACGUGCUGCGGGCCGUGGAGGAUCGGGAUUUUCCGACAGAAACGGUGAAGUUUGGUCCUGAGCGCAUGUACAUCGACUGCUGGGUCAAGAAGCACACCUACGACACGUUCAGGGAGGUCCUGGGCUCCGGCCUGCAGUACCACCUGCAGGCGAACGAAUUCCUUCGCCACGUGUUCGAGCUGGGGCCCCCGGUGAUGCUCGAUGCUGCAACACUGAAAACCAUGAAGAUCUCCCGCUUCGAAAGGCAUUUAUAUAAUUCCGCAGCCUUCAAAGCCCGGACGAAAGCUCGGAGCAAAUGUCGCGACAAGAGAGCAGACGUGGGCGAGUUCUUCUAGAUUCACACGCGAAGACGACUUCCUGGUCCCCAGCUCCUUCUUUUGUAAUUUCUCAUGUAUUUAAACUCUGUAGACAGUUUUUAUCGUGGGUCAACCUAGAUAGCUUUUGUAGCAGGGGUUCGAUUACUUAUAAUUUAAUGUAUAGAUUGCAACUGUGAGUUCUGAUUAUGGACUUUUCUCUGUAAAUAUCAGUAAACCAUGAAGAAGGUGUUUGUGAUGUUUGGUCAUUUUUGUCUAUUUAUGAGGAAGCAGAAAUAGGAUAUUUCAUAAGAAAACUAUUAGCCAAGAUGAACUGUACAUACUGCGGUGUGUCAGACAUUGAUUUAAUGAUACAGAUAUUAUAAGGCAUUUCAGAUCUUAGACAAAUGAGUUCUGGAGACAAUUUUGGCAGCUAGUUUUUUCUGGAAAAGCUGCUGUGUUUUUCACUGUCAGUGGAGGCUGAUGCUUUUACCUGAUCACUCGGACCCACGAAGGGAAGGCGGCCCAGCUGUGGGGCCAGCACCGUGACCGUGACACUAACUGCCCCUGUUGUGAGGCUCCGCGCUCUCCAUCCCCAAAUAAAGGUCUUUUCACA